AUAUAUAUGUUGCGAGGUUGCAAACCAGCCUGCCGUAUAGUUCUCUACCACAUGUUGAUUAAUUAAAACAACAAGGAGAGAUAAAAACGCGCAUUUUCGCGGACACCACCGCCGGUGCUUGGCACGCGUUGUUUGCGCGGAUCCGUCAAUCGUCACGUCUGUUUCUACUCCGAGCAAGUCCAAGUCCGUCAGAUUCGCGAACGGCCGAGAUCUCUGCACGCAACUUCUCACGUUCCCUCGAGAGGCACCCUUCGUCGUAGUGUUACGUCACGUACAGCCGUCGACAGUGAUCGAGAUUAACGAUCGUGAUAAUCGGUUGUGAAGAGCCAGCUCGUUGUUUCGCUCGCUCACUCACCGUCACGUACAUAUAUACGCGCGCGUUCGCCGUUUUUCCAGCGCGGGAUUAUUCCUCGCCAUAGUAAUCUCAGCGGCGAUCAGCGUGCGUGACAGUGUCCCGCGCCUGUCAAACCGCGAUCCAAGUUCGCGCAGCAUCGAGUCCGAUCGCCACUGCGCGUUGCAUUUGCACGCCUUGCGUUUACUUCGCGAUUUUGGCCUGUGUUUGCGUAUAACCUAAAAGCCGUCGUGAAUGUCGAUAGUCCUUGCAAUCCUCACGACUUCUUCCUCAUUCACCGCUCGUCAAACGUUUCCCCGGAUCCGCGAGAGACCUCUAAGCGUUGCCGAAGACGUCGCGUAAAAGCAUCGCGAGUAAGCGAGAACACGCGCGACGCAACGGCAGCUGCGAUUUGUCGUCCACGGGCGAGAAAACGGAUUUUUUCGACGUCGAGCGGUUAUCGGGAAAGUAGUCAAAAUUCCGGUCCCUACUAAGAAACGAGAGGGCCUCCAACAAACCGGCGGCAGAAAUCCACCAACGACUGGUGAGGAACCGUCAGGCAAAAUGAAUAGCAAGAGGAAGAAUCGUACAAACAAUAACAGGUACUGCCAAUCUCUUGGCUCCCCUCGUCAAGAUCAUAAUAGCAGAUCUCCGCGGUCACGUGUGUCUCCUGCGGAGAGAAGUAUUGUAGCAGAAGGAGUCUAUAACAAUGCUCAUUUUAUGCAUGCAAUUACUGGCCAUGUUGGGAAUGUAGUACAGAUUCAAACACAAAAUGGCUCAAUAUAUGAGGGUAUAUUUAGAACAUUCUCAAGUAAUUUUGACGUAGUAUUAGAAAUGGCCCAUCGGGUAGAGGAAAAGAUUAACGCAGAUAACGUAGUAGAGAAAUUAAUUUUUAAAUCACAUGACAUUGUCACUAUAUCUGCCAAGGAUGCUGAUUUGGAAUAUGCUAUAAGAGAUACUUUCCAAACGGAUACAGCUAUUAGUAAAUUUAAUGGUUUAGUCGGUGAAAAAGAACUUGAGCCUUGGGAUCCACCAACUGCUGCUAUGAAUGGAACCGAGCUAGAAUUAGAUGGUGCCUCUAAUGGUUGGGAUGUUAAUGAAAUGUUUCGUAAAAAUGAACAAGACUAUGGAGUUCAAACAACAUUUGAGCCUUCAUUAGUAGGUUAUACUUUACAACUUCGUAAAGAUACAAAAGAUUAUAAAGAGCAAGAACAGAAGGCUGCUGAAAUAGCAAAUGAGAUUGAAUCUCAACCUAAUCAUAAGGCUAGAUUAGAAUUGGAAAAUGGAGAUGAAGAAGAAAGAUUUGCAGCUGUAACAAGGCCCACCGAAGGAAAAUAUAUUCCACCGCCAUUGAAGAAGAAGAAUGGUAACACUAGCAAAUUAAUGAGAUCCAAUGAACCUCCAUCUUCGCCAGGAACUACAAAUAGUAAGAAUGUCUACAACCAACCAUCUCCGUCCACAGUCAAUGUAAAUGUCCCACAACCGAAUAUAUCGGUUGGAGUACAGCCUACUCAUGCUUCGGUGCAACAUCCGGUAUCUUUAAAUAUGGGUAUGCCACCCAAUGGAGUGGUUGUCACGUACAAUAAUCCACCGCCGCCAUUCGUGCCUCCACCUACGACACAAUCGCAGCAAGUAAUCCAACAGAAUCAACCACAAUCUCAAGUUACUCCCUCAAUGCCGCAAGUAGGCUUUCCUCCACAGCAACAACAACAACAAACACCUUUGAAUAAAAUAAAUACAGAGAAACGAGAGCGACCUGGCAGGCAACAGGUUUAUCAAGCUGAUAAAGCGCCACCAGCGCCAUUUCCUCAAUCAAAUGCUGCAUCUUUGCAUCAGCAACAACAGUCUUCACAUCAGCAACAUACAUCAUUACCACAGCAGAAUUCUGUAGAAGGACAAAUAGUCAUACACAAAUCAGAUCAUCGGAAGUUUUACUUCAAGGUUCCGACGCCUCGUGGCAGAGAUGAACAACAUUCGGAACUGAGACAAUUUGCUGCGGAAUUCAAAUUAGCGGAAUCGCCAGAUACUUCUCAAAUUUCCCGAAAGCAACAGCAUCAGCAUCAACAAGAUGUGCAUUCUGCUACUCCGAUGAAUCAGCCGCAUCAUCAAGCUCCUUCUCAACAUACAAGUACACAACAGCAACCGCAACAACAGCUGCCAACGCAGCAGCAUACAAGUCCUCAUCAACAACAUCAGACUGUACAAGAAGAACCUGUUAUUACCAGUAAGCCACCACCUGGUCCACCACUAGCAGUAAGAUCUACAAGUCCGCCUCAGCAGCAGCAGCAGCAGCAACAACAACAACAACAACCACCACCACAAACGAAUACUCCAACAGUACAACAAUCACCACCAGAACCUGCAGUUGAUAAGAUAACUACUGCUUUUAAAAAAUCUACAUUGAAUCCAAACGCUAAAGAAUUUAAUCCAAAUGCCAAACCUUUUACACCACGCUCUCCUAGUACACCAACACCUAGUCGGCCGCAUACGCCUCAGACUCCUCAGUAUACAGGAGUGACUAUGCCCGCAACUGUUGUUAUGCCGGCGUAUGUAACACCAACGGCAUUUAGUCAGCCACCAGCUCAACAAGUGACAAGGUUCCGAAAGGUGCCAAUGAUGCAACAUCGUGCGCCAGAUAUAGCGUCCCAGAUGCAAGUGGCCGCAGCAACGGGACAGCCGUUAUUAGCGCCAGCCAUACAUCCACCAUUCCAGGUGCCUUAUCCAGGACAACCGGCGUACCAGCAAAUGGUACGCAUGGUCCAGGCACCGCCGCCACCGCCGCACAUGGCUACUCCAUAUCACCAUCAUCAUGACUCGCAAGGCCCGCAGGCCCCUGGUAUACAAUACAUGGGCCCGCAUACACAUCCACAUCCUCAUGUAACUCAACAACCACCUAGCCAAACACCAUCUCCAGCCAAUCCAAAUCAACCGCACACACCGGGCGCUUAUAAUCCACCCGGUACUCCACAGCCUACGUAUCCGCAACCUCCGCCUCAGGGUCAUGCCCCGAGUUAUCCAAUUAUGUGUCCAAUAAUUCCACCUCAUAUACCAAUUCCACCACAGCACAUGCAAUACCUACCACCGCAGCCCCCUCCGGGUGCGCAACAAACUAUACCCGUUAUUUUACCGCACAAUCAGUAGCUGGUAACAUGAAGUAAAAGAAGAAAGAGAAGAGUGCUAGUAUUCUGAAAUGGUAGAAUAAGACUUUCAAAAUUGAGUUACUUUCACGAUGGUAUGAUCGCUUGCUUUGAUUGAUUGCUUGAAAAACUGCUCGCUUCUAUAGACUCUCAAUUUAUCCGAUCAAUCCAUUAUCCGUCAACAGUGUAAAUUAAACACUUACUCAACUUUCUAUAUU